GUUCCCUCUGCCACGGGAGGCGCAGUUCCGGUUAGGCAGCCGAGUUUGUUUACGCUGCUCUCAGAUCUAGCGGCUGCCUUCCCCAGCUCAGGCUCCAAAAUGGGAAAAUCCUUCGCCAAUUUCAUGUGCAAGAAGGACUUUCAUCCUGCCUCCAAAUCCAACAUCAAGAAAGUAUGGAUGGCAGAACAGAAAAUAUCAUAUGAUAAGAAGAAACAAGAAGAAUUAAUGCAACAAUAUCUUAAAGAACAAGAAUCAUAUGAUAAUAGAUUGCUUAUGGGAGAUGAACGUGUAAAGAAUGGCCUUAAUUUCAUGUAUGAGGCUCCACCAGGUGCUAAAAAAGGUACGUGGUCGUUUCCUUUUUUUAAGUCUUUGAUGUGUUUGCAAGUAAAGAUUGAGAACUGUUAUGACAGACAUUGUUUAGAAGUUGCUCUUCAUCUUUUAAAAUUGCUAUUAUUUUUGUAAAAUAAUUUUUUAAAAUACUGCAAUCAAUACAGUAGAAUAGGGCUUCCCUGGUGGCAUAGUGGUUGAGAGUCCGCCUGCCGAUGCAGGGGACACUGGUUCGUGCCCCGGUCCGGGAAGAUCCCACAUGCCACGGAACAGCUAGGCCCCUGAGCCGUGGCCGCUGAGCCUGUGCAUCCAGAGCCUGUGCUCCGUAACGGGAGAGGCCACAACAGUCAGAGGCCCGUGUAGUGCCAAAAAAAAAAAAAAAAUACAGUAGAAUAAAUACUAAAAAUAUUUGUCUAAUCUAGUAAUAAUUUCAUGACUUGUCCUUUGGGGAGGAAAAUAAUCUCAACAUCACCAGAAUUACAUUUAUUCUUUUAUAAUUUGUGUAUUUAGUCCUUCUUACUGAGUAUACUUGUAAAUACAAAGCAUAAUAUUCACUGUCAAUGAAAAAUAUAAAAGUUCAAAGACUAGAAAUAAAUGUGCUUAUUAAACACUAUUUCUUAUUCACUGUUUUUUAUCCUUCAGUGAUUUGAAUUUUAUCUUAUGAAAGAAAAAAAGUCAAACUAAUACAUUCUUACAAGUUACAAUUAAAUACCGUGAUAUCAUAGUGUCGUAUAUGAUAGCAGACUUUUAUGUUGACGUUUUUAACUUGACCUACCUUUUUUUCCUCCCAUGUUUUUGAUAUGCAAUCAAGAAAACAAAGAGAAAGAAGAAACCGAAGGAGAGACUGAAUACAAAUUUGAAUGGCAAAAAGGGGCCCCACGAGAAAAAUAUGCCAAAGAUGACAUGAACAUCAGAGAUCAGCCCUUUGGUAUUCAGGUUCGAAAUGUGAGGUGCAUUAAAUGUCACAAAUGGGGUCAUGUCAAUACAGAUCGAGAAUGUCCGUUGUUUGGUCUUUCUGGAAUUAAUGCAAGUUCAGUUCCCACUGAUGGCUCAGGACCAUCGAUGCACCCCUCAGAGCUAAUAGCGGAGAUGAGAAAUAGUGGGUUUGCAUUGAAACGAAACGUACUGGGGAGAAACUUGACCGCAAAUGAUCCAUCACAGGAAUACGUUGCAAGUGAGGGUGAAGAAGAUCCAGAAGUCGAAUUUUUAAAGUCACUAACAACCAAACAAAAACAGAAACUUCUCAGGAAAUUGGAUCGACUUGAGAAGAAAAAAAAGAAAAAGAGAAAAGAUAGAAAAAAGAAAAAGCUUCAGAAGAGCAGAAGUAAACACAAAAAACAUAAAAACAAAUCCUCCUCCUCUUCCUCUUCCUCCUCUGGUGGCACUUCAGAAAGCAGCAGUGAGAGUGACAACAAAGAAAAAAAAAUACAGAAGAAGAAAAGAAAGAAAAACAAGCGUUCAGGGAAUUACAACAGUGGUUCUGAAGAGACGGACAAGUCUAAGAAGAGAAAACUUGAUGAAGAACGUUCUAGCAGUCACAGUAACAAGGAAAAGCCUAGGUUUUUAAAAAAAGAGAGUUCUGGGGAGAAGAGCAAAUGGAGGCAUUCUGAUUCUGACAGAAAGCCCAGAAGCCAUAACCAGAGUCCAGAGGAGAGAGGAUCUGGAAGAAAUGAGAGAGGCAGCAGGAGCCAGAGCAGGGAUGAGAGGAGUAGGAGAAGCCGAAGCAGAAGUCAUGGUGGUUACAAGCCAGGAGAAAUAAGAAGACGGCCACGGCCAAGUCCCAGUGAAGAGUGGGACAGAAGAAAUGACACCAGAAGCCAUGGCACAGAUAGAUACAGAGGAGGGAAAAUGCACAGAGCAUUAUCAGGAGACAGGCACACUAGAGUGAUGCAAACAAGAGAAUGGAGAAGUAGAGAAUAGAGACUUGUAUGUGACAAUUACCUGGAAAUAAAAAUAUCUCCACUUUCUUCUUGAAUACCUUUAGCAAGGGCUAAAUUAUGUACUAUUGUCUUUCUAAUAAAACUCUAUUUUAAUUUUUCAUCUCUGUAAACUGUUAUAUCAGGUACAAAACUACAUGAAUCCCAUAAGAAUGAACUUGGCAAAUAUUUGUAAGUGAUCUAUUUUGGGGCUGUAAAAAUAUUUUCUGUUGGGCUUCCCUGGUGGUGCAGUGGUUGGGAGUCCGCCUGCCGAUGCAGGGGACACGGGUUCGUGCCCCGGUCUGGGAGGAUCCCACGUGCCGUGGAGCGGCUGGGCCCGUGAGCCGUGGCCGCUGGGCCUGCGCGUCCGGAGCCUGUGCUCCGCAACGGGAGAGGCCGCAGCAGUGAGAGGCCCGCAUACCGCAAAAAAAAAAAAAAAUUCUGUUCAUUAAUGUUUCUUGUGCCCUAUACUAAAACAAAAACCCCAUGUAACUGCGUGACAUUUUCUUUGUUCUGAAACAUCAUUAAAAGAAUGACAGUACAUUGAA